AUGAAAGCAUAUACAGAAUCCUGUAUCCGUUCAUCGAAUUUAUAUGCUAAUUUAUCCAUUAUUACACUGUAUCAUCCACGAAUGCCCGAAAGUGAUACAGAAGAAUCUACGAAAUAUUCUGUAUCAGUUGAACUUCUCGAAUCGAUCGGAUGUAGAACAAUUCAUGUGCUAACAAUGACAUAUCAUGUAAGUAGUCGAUGGACUAAUUCAACCGAUAAUGGCCAAACACUGGAAAGUUUUAUUCAAGAUUUAUUUCAACAACGGAAAAAUAUGAGUGACACAGAUCUUCAGGCAUUAAAAACUAAUCCAUGUCUCACAGGUUAG